AAAUGAUGACAGAAUUUUCAUUUUUGGGAUAACUAUCCCCUUUUUUUCUUUUUUUUUUAGAAGAUGUAGGCCUACGUUUUUCAAACCAACAUAAAAACAAUUCCAACUUAGAACGUUUUUGAACUAGAAUUAGAACUAGAUGUUUAAUAUCAAAUAUCAUUUGUCAUUGACCUUAAUAAUAUAAUACGAUAUAUUGUGUGGGUGUUUCCAAUUUUCCAAAACAAUAAGUUUUAUGCACUCUCCAGUACAACACAUAAAUGAAAUCCCGAGAAGUCUCCCACACCACACGGACCUCUCGGUCUUCCGGUCUAUUACGGAUGUUGUGUUUGGAUACACCAGAACCCCACAACAGACCACCACGAGGAAAAUAAGCAAAUGUAUUAAACACGAAAGAUAAUUUACACGACAAUACUAUUCGUACAGUAACAACGCUCUGAGAUUAACUUCUAACAGUACGUUAAAUGAUAAAUGACCGCGAGCGAGCCAUGGAUUAAGGGCGCCGACCGCAUAGGCAUUUUAUGAGAACUUUUCAAAUCAGAUCAACCAUUUGGGUACCAUGGAUGGCGAGUUAACACCAUGGAAUAAACAUGGAAGCCAUAACAGCAGGGUUCCCUAUAAUAUAGCAGGGGAAGAUCAGGAGGUAGGUUACAGUAAUUAUAUUUCUGUACAUUAUGAUAAAGUAAUGACUGAGGGAAAUUAUGGAGAAAGAGCAGAAGAGUUCUCUCACAGUACCUGGCUCCAAACACAGCCAAAGGAUAAUGACUUGAUAGGAGACCGCUUUGCUGCUGGAGAACCCAUGUCAUCGCUGUCAUCUUGUAUGAGUGGUGCAUUUAAAGCUUUGUUACCAGAUUACCAUGGAACUUCCUCAGAAAUUACGACAAAUUCUGUUAAAUAUUCGUAUUCUCCCAAUAAUCAUUGUCUCAUCAAACCUGGUGCUGCAGUGGACGAAAAGAUAGAGGAGAGAAGGGAAAAAAGAGAUUUUCUGAAAGACCCUUUGUGUGAACCAUCAGCUAGUGUCACACAUUUGUUUCCACCCAGAUGUGCCCAAUAUGUGCCACAAGAAAAGGACCGAGACGUGGACCAAGGAAACUGUAAUUGGACGUCAGUGAUCAAAGAUGCUCUAGAGAUGAGUAAUGGAAUGGAAAUGGAACCGACUUUAUCCAUGGAUGGAUGUGGCCCUGUAAUGGGCUUCAAUGCUAUAUAUAAAGGACCUGAAACUGAGGCAAAAUUUACAUUAAGGGAUGACUAUCAGAUAGCAGGAUCCAACCUAAAUGAGAGACAGGAUGAGCAAGGAAUGAAAGAAGAACCGGGUUCCUUUAUUUCAAUGUUGUCAGAUGGCAUCAGUAAAAAGAAAGAUGUUCUGGAAAUGGGGGAAAAUGAUGAGCCAAGCAUAUUAGCUGUAGGAUCAUCUCUAGGAAAGGAGGAACUUGGAAGGACUGGAUUCAGAGAAAAUGAGCCAGGGUUAUUACCAGGAUUUAAUAGGAGUUCAUACACUCCUUUUUCUUCUUCAGAAGGUUUUGUGAAAAGUGAAAUAUUCCCAGGUAUUCCUUCGGUCAAGCAGUCUGUUGAACACACCCUCCAAGGAACAACACAAGGAUCUGAGUCGCGCAAAGAUGUCAGUCCAAAAAAAACUGCAGGCACAGAUAUUUGCUUCAAACAUGCAACAGGAAACAAUACAACUGUUCCUGAAGGAUCUAAUCUAUAUGGUCUUCAUCAUCUUGAUCUUCAAAAGGAUUGUCACCAAGCAGAGAUUACAGAUGGAAACACUUCAAUUAAUUACCAGGAUCAUUCCUUACAGCAUGAUGUGCAAGACAAGAAGGUAAACGCAAGCAAUCUGCAUGUCUCUGAGACUACAACAAAUAAUGCUGAAAUCAGUCUAAAGAUGGAAACAGAAUCUGCCCCUGAAAUUAAUAACUCUACUUUAGGGUCAGAGACAGUUCCAGAUCAAACUGCUGUAUCCAACAAAAUUCACCUCGAUUAUAAAUGUAAGGAUUCUCCGAUAGAACCAGGGGAAAGUGGCAAACUAAAUCCAAGUACAGUUCUUCUGCCUUGUGAUGAAAAGGUACAAAACUCCUGAAAAAAAUGAAAACGCAUUUCUCAACAUUACUUCAGAAAGCAGUAUUCCUCCACCUACUGAGAAUGUUCAUGCAGCUCCACCUUCUCCCACUUCAAGGAUCAAUUGCUCCUCUCAGCCUGACCUACAGAAAGCAUUGCAAAAGUGUAAGAAAUCAAGAAAAAGAAGAAAAUCUGAACUUGAGAAAUUAAAUGGACCAAUACACAAAUCUAAUAAAAGAGAUUGUUCUGUGUAUGGAACAGGAAUCUCAGACUGUGCUGUAAAACCAGACACAAUUGGAAGUGAAGACACUAAUCAAGACUUUUCAUUGACUAAAUAUGACAGUACUGCACUGAAAGAAGAGGACUUAAUUACAAAUGGUGUAAACCCACCUUCACCUAGAAAAAAAUUACUAUGUCCUUCACAACUGCGGAUGACACAACUUGAGCUAGUGAAAGAUACAGCAGAGACCUCACAAAAACCAGAUCAUAGCUGCUCUGAAACCUCUCAGGUAAAAGCAUCUUCAACCACUAGGAUCGAUAAGAAGGCUGUUUCUAGAAGGAAACAGAAGAACAGAACAAGGUUAGGUUUAAAAGCAAAAAAAUCUGCUAGAUUUAGCAAUCAGUGUUUGUCUCAAAGCACUGUCUUGUCCUCAGAAGAGGACUGUACAUCACAUUUUCAGGUCAGUGACUCCAUCCAGGUGAAAGAAGUCAGUAACCCAGCAAUAAUACAACAGGCCAUCUCUGGAUUAGAGUUCAGUAUUCCUGAGUGCAGACCGAAAAAAUCUACAAAAAAGAAAACACUGCAAACAGAAAAUGAUGCUCUACUAACACUACAAAGCAAAGGUGAUCCGCAUGAUCCCACGUGUUCAGAAGUUGAGGCAGACUUAAUGGACGUCAAGAAGCAUCAGAAGCUGAGAAGACCUGGUAUAAAAGCUUCUAAAGGCAAAAAUGACAAGCAUGCAACUAGUCUGCUCAAUAGUCAGCCUUUAGUAGACUCUGUGAGUCAAAUCAGAUUCUGUUUCAACCUCAGUGACUGAAUCUUCAAACAUUCUAAGCCCUCAGAAAAACCCAAAGAAAUCAAGGCAAAAGAAAAGAGCAGAUAUCAACAAGGCAUCAAAAUCCCCACAAGAGAAUAUUCCCUUACCGUUAUCCAAAUCUAAGGAAAACAUGGCGAUUUCCAACACAAGGACUAUGAAAGAAAAAAGAUCUGUAAAGAAAGCUACUAGAACAGAUGACUGUGACACUACUCUUUUGGACUUCCAACCUUCUACAGCCACUCAGGAGCAAACAGCUUCUGCUCCAACUGCGGGAAUGGAAGUUGAGUCUCCAGUUGUUUUCAGCACACCGAGGAAGUCAUUGAAAAAGAAACUGUCAAAUAUUAAACGUAAAGCAGUACAUAAACCUACAGUUGACCAAACAAAAGCUCAAAGUGUUUUGAAUCCACUCUCGGAAUCUGAUGCGAGCAUUGUGCAACCAACUAUAAGAAGGUUCAGCCCAAGAAAAACACUUGACAAAUUUUUUUCUCAUAACACAGUCAGUGAAAACUGUGAAACUGUUCAUUUGAAUCAGUCAAUUUCUUCAAAUGAUUCUGUGUCUGCUACAGUAACUGACAUUUCAGAUUUUAGCCAAAAGAACACAGAAAAAAAAUCAAGUAAAAGGAGAAAGACAAAUACCAAAUUUAUGGAGGCACAAACAUCCACUACUAGCCAAAAGGAAGAUGUUACUGUACUGCCUUUAGAAGACCUUGCAUCGAUUGUGGUUUCGAAUCCAGAAAAGAUUGUGAAAGUCAAAAAACUUUCUAGAAAAAAAACAAAUGACAACCAUUUAAAUGAUAAUUUGGUUGAAGACACAUCUUUAUUAGCAUUUAUGACACAAGAAAAUUCUGUUUCACCUUCAAGAGGUUGACUCUUCAAGCAGUUUUAGACAAACCAACACACUGAAAAAGCCCAGAAAAAAGACUGUAACCAAAAUCAAAAAUGAGGCAGAAGAAAUACUCGGCAUAAACCAGCAUGAAGAUUUGGUUGCAAUAACCUCGAAACCUAGUGCAAACAAAGUGGCCUCCAGUUCACAGAUGACUUUAAAAGAAGAAAGACUUAUGGAAAAGGCAGUUACAAAGGAAGUGAAGGACAACCAUGCAACUGCUCUUUUCAUCAUGCAGACUUCUACAGCCACUUUGCAGCACACUGAAUGUGUUUCAACUUCAUUUGCUCAGAGCACAUCAAAAAAAUCUAAGAAAAUGUCUGAUAUUCAAGGUGGAGUACUAUGUACACCUGCAGUUGACCAAUCAAUGCAACAAGAACUCCAUCCAUUUGAUUCUGCAUCAACAACAGAAAUUGAUAGUUCAGAAGUUCUAAACCAAAAGAAGAUAAAAGUGAAGACAAAAAGACAGAGUAAAAAGGUCACUAAACGUAAAACACAUGUUACCCAAGCAAUCAGCAGUAUUAGAGAACAGUCUUUUCCAGCUACUGUACAGCAUGAAAAUUUAGUUUCAAACAGAAAUACAAAUUCAAGGUCUGAAAAAAUGACACAGAAACAUAUGAAAAAGAAAACAUCAGCACUAAAAGUUCGAAAUUUUCAACCAGAGGACUAUGCUGAACAUUCUGCACUUUUGCCAGAACUUUUGCCUCCACCAAUAUCUCUGGGUAAGGAUGCAACACAAGACCCUUGCAUAAAA